AUGUUAAAUGGCGCGCCCCCAGGCACAUUAGGACUAGCAAAUCCAAGUGGGUGGAUGACAGCCGAACUGUUUGUUGAGGUGUUAGACCACUUUAUUAAACAUACUGGUGUGACAAAAGAAAGGCCAUGCCUAUUAAUAUAUGAUAACCACGAAUCACAUGUGUCCCUGGAGAUAGCGGAAAAGGCAAAAAACAAUGGAAUCAUUAUCUUAACUCUCCCGCCACAUACGAGUAACAAGUUGCAGCCUUUAGACAAAGCAGUAUUUUACUCUUUUAAGAACUUUUACAAUGAUGCAAUAGAUUCGUGGCUCCUCACCCACCCCGCCGUACCCAUGACGCUAUAUCAAAUAGCUGAAUGUGUUGGUAUUGCCCACUCAAAAUCAAUGACGCCUGAAAAUAUAUUAAACGGGUUCCGUUCGACGGGUAUCUACCCAUUCAAUAAAAAUAUUUUUACGGAUGCUGACUUUCUUGUAUCAUCUGUGACUGACAGACCUGAAGACCCUCAAAAAGAGAACCUCCAACAAGGAAUGGUUGUAUUCCAAGAAAAUUUGAAUGAUGAACAAGAUGCCGGCGGCAGCGGCAGCGGCAACGACACCGCCGUUGCUUCAUGUAGCACAACCGAUACUCAACAGUGUACAGAUGAUAAGGGAGACUCUACUUUGGAAAUAGCGUCGACUACAAAAGAUUCUUUUAUUUCACCAUUUGAGAUACGGGGCUUCCCAAAGGCAGCUCCUCGGAAAAAUUUAAAUCGAACACGAAAAUCGAAGAAAAGUGUCAUUUUAACCAGCACACCAGAAAUGAAAGAACUUUCGUACAAAACAGAAAAGAAGAAAACUCCUAAAACAGAAGCAGUUAAAAAAGUAAAACGAAAUAUAAGUGCAGACAAAAAAGAUACAAAGAAAAAAAGCAAAACAUGUGAAGAAGAUUCAGAGACGGACACAGAAAGUGUAGAUUUGCAUUUCGCGGAUUCUUCAGAUGAUGAAUUAACCUUAGCUGAACUUGAGUAUCAUAUGAUGGAGGAAGAGAAGGAUCAAUCAGAAUCUUUGGCAAUUGAUGAAACUACUGAAAUUUUAAAAGAUUCUUUUGUCUUGGUCAAAUUUCAAAAUAAUGUUCACUAUGUUGCUAAAAUUUUGGAAGCUGUAAACUCUAACGAAUUUAAAAUUUCGUAUUUGAGAAAAAGUGCAAAAGUUUCAAAUUCAUUCUAUUUCCCGGAUGUUCCGGACAUUCAUAUGGCACUGAAAUCAGAUUUUGUAAUCCUGUUGCCGAGUCCGAUACAAACAAAUAAUAAAAGGCUUUCGCCAUACUUUAAAUUCGGAGUUGAUUUUGGUAACAUGAUUGUACGCUAA